CCCCCCUCAUUCUUCAAGUUUGUAUACUGCAAUCUCUUGAAAAAUAAUGAUGAACAAGAUGCUUUUAAACCCUAAAUCAGCUCACAAAUUGCUCAACCUGCUACCAUCCAUUCACACCUCACUCCGUUUCACGUCGUCGUCAUCAUCACCAUCUUCACCGGCCAUCACCUUUCACUCACACUUCCAUCAAUUUAACUCUAAUAAAAAAACAUCUGAAUUACCACUUUUUUCAACAUCUCUUAAAACCCCAUCAAGUUUUUACCUUUCCUUUGCUAAAUACUCAACCACCACUGACAAUGUUUCAUCUGAAGCUACCCACAUUGAUAAUCCCGAAGAUUUAUCUCACUCUGACUCAAAUGAUGAGGUAGAACCAAUUGACUUAUGGGAGGAAGAAGAUGAAGCUGAGCCUGAGAUUGGAGAUGGUGCUGAUGGAGGUGGUGUUGUUCUACAAAACUGUCAUUGGGGUGAAAAAGUACUAUCUAUUGCCCAAGAUGUGCUGAAGCAGUUUGGUGAUGACAUAGAAAUCUUUUCUUUUAAAACCUCCCCUAAUGGAUACAUUUAUGUCCGACUUGAUAGACUCUGUAAUAAAUACGGGUGCCCCAGUAUGGAGGAUAUCAAAAGCUAUAGUCGUGAAUACAAGAAACGGCUGGAUGAAGCAGGAAAUGUUGGAGACAUUCCCACUGACUUGGCUCUUGAGGUUUCCUCUCCUGGGGCGGAUAGGCUGCUAAGAGUUCCUGAUGAUUUACAACGUUUCAAGGAAAUGCCAAUGCGAGUUAAGUAUGUUGAACAGGAGAAUUCUAGAUCCCUGAAGGAACAGAUAUUGUUUUUGGAUUCCCUUGAAGCUGAAUCAGGGAACUGUGUGUGGAGGUUAGCUGAUGUUAAGGAAAACCGAGACCCUGCAGCUAAAGGAAGGCCUAUGAGUCGCAAACAAAAGGACUGGCGACUCAAGCUGCCAUAUGAAAUGAUUGAGCAGGUAAGCUUGUACCUUGACUAAUGAAAUGACUUGAGCUCCAUCUUUUGUGAAUUUCCAAGGCCUGUUAAUCUGAAACAAUCAGAGAAUGUCGAUUUCUUGUUUAUCGUGGUUUAUUAUGAUAUUUAAAGAAACCCCAUCGGCAUAUGCUAUUAGAAAGUUAGGCUCAUAGGCUAGAUGAUGUUAUCUAUGCAACCUUAUGGAGAACAAAUACAGUUGAAAAACCGGAAGUUGAACUUCACGGAAUUGUAAGUUAUAAAACUGGUUCUUCUAUGUGUCUGGUCCUUCGCUAUAACCGGUUUUAGUUUGAGCUGUGACAUCCGGCCAACCUCAAGGCUUGUGUUCGUCUUUUCAGUUUAUCAAAAGUUAGCCUCCACUUUUAUUUUUGGUUC